AUGCCUUCUGACUACGCCUGCCUACAGUCUUCCUACAUGGAAUCAAACAGAGACGUAAACUUGAAGGGAGACAGUCCGUUUGAAUGCCUUCUGACUACGUCUGCCUACAUGGAAUCAAACAGAGACGUAAAGUUGAAGGGAGGCAGUCCGUUUGAAUGCCUUCUGACUACGUCUGCCUACAUGGAAUCAAACAGAGACGUAAAGUUGAAGGGAGACAGUCCGUUUGAAUGCCUUCUGACUACGUCUGCCUACAUGGAAUCAAACAGAGACGUAAAGUUGAAGGGAGACAGUCCGUUUGAAUGCCUUCUGACUUCGUCUGCCUACAUGGAAUCAAACAGAGACGUAAACUUGAAGGGAGGCAGUCCGUUUGAAUGCCUUCUUACUACGUCUGCCUACAUGGAAUCAAACAGAGACGUAAAGUUGAAGGGAGACAGUCCGUUUGAAUGCCUUCUUACUACGUCUGCCUACAUGAACUCAAACAGAGACGUAAAGUUGAAGGGAGACAGUCCGUUUGAAUGCCUUCUUACUACGUCUGCCUACAUGAACUCAAACAGAGACGUUAACUUGAAUGGAAACAGUCCAUUUUAA